GAGAUACUGGAUUACUCGCCCACCUUGAGAAGAUGCAGCACCCCCAGCAGAGGCAGCGGCUCCGAGCUGGGCAUCAAGUGUGUCCUCAUAGGAGAUGGGGCAGUCGGCAAGACCAGCCUCAUUGUCAGCUACACAACCAACGGAUACCCAGACCAGUACCAGCCCACGGCGCUGGACACCUUCUCAGGUCCUGGUAGAUGGGGCACCACUUCGUAUCCAGCUGUGGGACACUGCAGGACAGGAAGACUUUGAUUGCCUCCGUUCACUCUGUUACGCUGACACAGAUGUCUUCCUGGUCUGCUUCAGUGUUGUAAAUCCCACAUCCUUCCAGAACAUUAUGGAGAAAUGGAUCCCUGAAAUACGGACACACAAUCCCCAGACUCCCGUGGUGCUGGUGGGAACACAGUCAGAUCUGCGGGACGACGUCAAUGUGUUGAUCAAUCUGGACCACUAUCAUGCCGGGCCUGUGCCAAGAACUCAGGCUGAAGGCCUGGCUGAGAAAAUCCGGGCUCAGACGUACAUCGAGUGCUCUGCUCUGACUCAAAAGAACCUGAAGGAGGUUUUUGACACAGCCAUCAUCAGCGCAGUUGAGCACAAGGCCCAACAGGAAAAGAAAAUGACAGCCAAGGGAAUAAAAACUCUCUCCAAGUGCCGGUGGAAGAAGUUCUUCUGUUUUGUCUGAAGCUGGUUUGGGAAUGAAGAGGCCUAGAAGUCGGGAUUGGACUUUGCACUUUCUGCCACAGACGGCAAAGUGGCUAACUGAAUGAAAAAGUGGCUCCAACAAGGAGCCAAGGGGACCUGGAGCCCCAGGAUUUGCUGAGUUGGGAUAGAACUUUCCUGGAAGACAGGAAGUGGACUUGUGUAGUAGUGCCAGGAUACCAAAUGGCUCAUGCAAUCUCAAUAGAACCAGGGUGGUUUGAAGCUUCUUGUACUGAGUUCAGUAUUAAAGAAGAGCCAAGCCUGUCAUUUUAGAUACCCAGACAGCAUGAGCAGUUUCCAGAACCUCCUCACAGCAUCUUAUUUAAACCCAGGAGAAGCCGAUGCAGUGGGGUGGUGCCAGGCCGCUGCUCCCCCCCCCAACAAUGGCAUUUCUGCUUAUUGGGGCAAGGGCAGGGCUGCAGGGCCAGACUGACAGGAGCACCGAGUGCAGCCUUGUCCUUCCCACAGCCCUGCCCCAUAAUUUGAAGUGGUCCCUUUUUCAGCCAAGCAGCAGCCCUCCACCUCACGGGAUUAAACCUGAGAUAUAUUCUUGAGGCUGAUAUCUCCUUUUCAAGGCACAGGCAAGGAUAGAGGGAUUUCUCCUGGGAGACAACAAUGUCAAAUAACAUGGCCUGCUCAAGGAAAAAGUAUUUUUUAUACUUUGCUUUCAGUCCUGCUUCAGGAAGCGGAAUAAGUUAUCCAGACAGCAGGGGGUUUGUAUGAAGGAGUAUCAGUUGUGUGGCACAUCCUUAAAAGGACAAAGCAUUUUUUGCGAAAUGACACGGAAUGAUCCCUAUGCUUCCACAAAGCUAUUCCAAUACAGUACAUCAUUUUGGACCUCAUUGGACUUU